UGUAACUGUGACUUUAAACUCCGCUCUUUUCGUGGCGAACCAACGAUAUCGGCUCUCAGUCUGUUCGGUGGCUCGUGCUGCUCAGUGGUGCUCAUCGUAUGGUGUAGAGUGAUCACCGUGUUCCGUUCAUCAUGCCUGAAGCAGAGAAGGCCGCCAAAGCAGAUGCUGAGGAAAAGACUACCUCGGGUCGGCAAUCUCCCCUCACUCUCAAUGUGCCUGGUCAACAGACCGCCCCCAAGGGGACACCUUCUGGCAACACUCAAGGACGCAGCUCACGUCAGACUUCUCCAGCUCGUCUCUCCACCGAGCUCACACUCAAGCACUCAAAGCUCAAUGAUGUGGAAAAACUUCAUUAUCUCAGAGGCUGUGUGCAGGGCACUGCGGAGCAGCUCAUUCGAGGUUUACCUCUCACCGGAGAUUCUCUUCAACCAUUCUGGGAUCUGCUCACCUCAAGGUUUGAGAACAAGAGGCUCAUCAUCCAAGCUCACUUUGACAGUCUCUUCAACCUUACGCCUGCCUCACCCAAGAAUGCCGCAUCGCUCAUCCAGCUGGUCACAACAGUGUCCGAGGUGGACAGAGCUCUAAAAUCACUCGGUAUGGCGAAGCACAUGUGGGAUUGCCUUUUAGCCCAUCACGUGUCACGCUUCCUGGACAGAAACACCAGAGUGGCUUGGGAAACCUCGCUUGGAUCAUCUCACGAGUAUCCGCGCUUUACGCAACUUGAGGCCUUUCUCAAUGCCAGGGCGCGAGCAUUGGAGAGGGUGGAGGCCACCCCAUCUCACUCGGGCAACUCAUUGGGAGUCACACCCAGCUCAUCUAAAUCUGCGAUGAAAGGGGUGACUGCUCACCAAGUAUCCGCUCCCGCGACUUCUCAGACGACUCCACAAGGAUAAGGAAUAUCUCA